AUGUGUUUUACAUUUGAUAGUUACUUUUGUGAAUGGUUGGAUAAAGAAUGUACAUAGAAAAGCCUUUAGAGAAAAGGUAUAUUCAUUGAAGAAUUUAGUAUGGUACCAAACAAAUGGAUGAUCAAGAUUUACAAAGCCUUUACUAUGUUCAACAAUAAGGUAUACUUAUUUGGAGAUUACAAUCAAUGUGAACCCGUUGAAACUGGUAGUCAAGUGCAUUACAAUUAUCAGUAUUCUAUUACCAUCAAUCACAUGUGCAGCAAAACAAAGACACCACGAUACAUUGAAAGUACCAGUAGGUAUGAUACAGAGACCAAUGAUUUGUUAAAAGUAUUCUUCGAUACUGGAAGAAUAUCUACUUACUUUGAACCGGCGGGUAAGUUCAAUAAAAAUAUCUGUUUAGUGAAUUCUGCCAGAAUAAGGGUUAAUACCAAAUGUUAUAAUUAA